CAUCGAUCAGUGUAAUUGAGGGGAAUUCUGCAGUGAUAAUCUGCUCUGUUGUGAGCUUCCCAGCUUCUAACCUGAUGUGGAGACAUCUUAACAUCACAAUGAACAGAACAAGCUCCAACAAUGACUUAUGGUUGCAAAUUCCUCACAUUACGUACAGGGAGACUGGAGACUAUCAGUGUGUGGCAGAGAAUAAAUAUGGAGCAGUGGAUGGCUCCAUUACCAUUGCUGUGGAAUACUCACCACGGAAUUUCUCAAUUACAUCUCUUGCUGUGAUUAAAGACUCAUCAAUCAGCGUAAUUGAGGGGAAUUCUGCAGUGAUAAUCUGCUCUGUUGAGAGCUUCCCAGCUUCUAACCUGACGUGGAGACAUCUUAAUGUCACAAUGAACAGAACAAGUACCAGCAAUGAGCUGUGGUUGGAGAUUCCUCACAUUACAUACAGGGAGACUGGAGACUAUCAGUGCGUGGCAGAGAAUGAACAUGGAUCAGUGGAGGGCUCCAUAACCAUCACUGUGGAAUACUCACCACAGAAUCUCUCAAUGACUUCUGUUGCUGUGAUUAAAGAUUCAUCGGUCAAUAUAAUUGAGGGGAAUUCUGCAGUGAUAAUCUGCUCUGUUGUGAGCUUCCCAGCUUCUAACCUGAUGUGGAGACAUCUUAACAUCACAACGAACAGAACCAGUUCCAACAAUGAGCUGUGGUUGGAGAUUCCUCACAUUACGUACAGGGAGACUGGAGACUAUCAGUGUGUGGCAGAGAAUAAACAUGGAGCAGUGGAGGGCUCCAUAACCAUUAUUGUGGAAUAUGCACCACGGAAUCUCUCAAUUACUUCUCUUGCUGUGAUUAAAAAUUCAUCGAUCAGUGUAAUUGAGGGGAAUUCUGCAGUGAUAAUCUGUUCUGUCGAGAGCUUCCCAGCUUCUAACCUGACAUGGAGACAUCUUAAUGUCACAGUGAAUAGAACAUGUUCCAACAAUGAGCUGUGGUUGGAGAUUCCUCGAGUUACAUUCAGAGAGACUCGAGACUAUCAGUGUGUGGCGGAGAAUGGACACGGAGCAGUGGAGGGCUCCAUAACCGUCACUGUGCAAUACCCACCACGGAAUCUCACAAUAACUUCUCUUACUGUGAUUAAAGAUUCAUCAAUCAAUAUAAUUGAGGGGAAUUCUGCAAUGAUAAUCUGCUCUGUCGAGAGUUUCCCAGCUUCUAACCUGACGUGGAGACAUCUUAAUGUCGCAAUGAACAGAACAAGUUCCAACAAUGAGCUGCGGUUGGAGAUUCCUUACGUUACAUCCAAGGAGACUGGAGACUAUCAGUGUGUGGCAGAGAAUGACCAUGGAGCAGUGGAGGGCUCCAUCACCAUCAUUGUGCAAUAUCCCCCACGGGAGACCACAGUGUCCAUCAGUGGAGCCUCAGCUGGGAUCAGAGAGGGACACAACGUCACAUUAAUCUGUUCCAGUCAAAGUGUCCCACCGAUAUUGCAUUACACGUGGUUCAGGAUGGAAGGUAACACCAGCAUCCAGUUAAACACAAGCAGCCAGAUUCUCUCCUUCACUCCAGUCACACGUGGGAAUGAUGCAGGUUUCUACUGCACAGUCACAAGUCCAUUGGGUAACAGCAGCUCCAAUAUGACCCACCUGAAUGUGGAAUAUGGUCCGGAGAUUUCCUGGGAGUCGGAAUGUGCUCAGAGGGCAGAGGGGAUCACCUGCGCCUGUGUGGCCAACUCCAAUCCUCCUGGAGACCUGACCUGGCACCUGCCCCAUGCCAACCUCAGCGGAAACCAAACACACGGAGGUUUUGUGUCGCAGCAGCUCAGAGUGGGGCAUCUGGUGAUGGGUUCGCUGAUCCUGAAGGGAGACCAGGAUGAAGAGAAAGUGAUGGCAUCCUGCUCGAUUCGAAACCCACAUGGAAAAGCCACACACAACAUGUAUCUUUGGGUCAGAGAUAGAGACUCCAGUAAAUGGACAGUAGGACUGGUCGUGAUUGGAAUCAUGUUGACUGUUUUUCUGGCUGGAAUCUUAAUCAUGCUGAGUGUCAAAAAGAGAAAGACAGCAACUGAGGAGACAGCUUCAAAGACCAGUGACAUUGCAUUGACUGACCGUCGAGUCUCUGUGAAACACCAGGGUUCACAGGACAUGAAAGUUAAGGACCCUCUGGACACAAUUAGAGAGGGAGAUACACCAUCUCCUCAGGAUGUCUUUGACAGUCCAGUGGGAGGAGAUGCUGGACAUGAGAACCCCAACAGAACUGAAGAUGUUCUCUACGCCAACAUCAACUUUUCAAAGCUGCCCAAAGGUGACGGGACAGUGCACAGAGGCGAGGACACGGAAUAUGCAAAGAUCAGAUUCCAACCAAACUGACAGAGAAACAGGGAGAGGGGUUUGUGCAGCCUAUAUGGUUGGAAAAUAACGAAGAUAAAAUGACAUUGCCCAACUUUGUUGGUAGUUCUGAACAUGCUUUCCAAUUGCUGCAUCUUUUUCAUGCUGUGAGAGGUUGCACAAAGCUUAUGAAUAAUGUUACAUAUGUUAGUAAAAGCAGUUGUGAUGAAGCUUCAUAAUGUGCUGUCAUUAUUUGGGAACUUUGGUUCUAAAGUGGAGAAAUGAGGCAAAUUUAUUCGGUCAGAAAUAAUCGAGAACAGAAGUGCUGUUAAUUGCAGCCUCCAAGGCAGUAGCACUGACAGAAAAUGACCUGAUGUAAUUCGGAGAUAAUGAGAUUUGAAUUCCAAAUAAAAUAUGGAAUUGAAUGGCCAAUGAUGACCAUGUAACAGUGGCUAAAUGGUUUAUUUCUGCUCCUCUGCCUUAUGGUUUAAUCUUUGUUAUUAUC